GGCGCGCUAGUUCGGUUCGAGAGGUAGCAGUGUGGGAGUUGGGAAGGAGAGCAGCGGUUGGGAAAUGGAUCGACACGAGAUUUACUACUCGGAUCGGUACAAUGACGGCGAGUACGAAUACCGUCAUGUCAUGCUGCCCAAAAAGAUUGCAAAGCUCGUGCCCAAAACUCACCUCAUGUCUGAAACCGAGUGGAGGAACUUGGGGGUACAGCAAAGCCCGGGCUGGAUUCACUACAUGAUUCAUGAGCCAGAGCCUCACAUCCUGCUGUUCAGGAGACCGUUGCCGAAGAAAGAGCUGGAAGGGUUGUGAUGUCCCGGACGUUCUACUGUGCCCCCACCUUUCCCCUCCCCACCCCUCCAACCUCCACCCUGGACCACCCAGAGCACUCUGACAAAGCCCCUCUGCACAAUAGCCCACGCUUCACCUCUGCUUCUAACAGCUCGGGCUCACUUUCAGGCUGAGACUGGUGGAGUGUUUCUGGGGUGGGCCCAGGGACACCAGGAAGACGGACGCUGCUUGAUUUCUCACACUGCUCUUUGCAUUUCUUGUCGUGGGAUUCCUUCUCGCGACCGAUGCUACGGAGCAUGGUUCGCGUGGAUUCUCCUUUCAUCCCCUGAGAACAAGCCUUGAGCUGAGGUGCGACUGUUUCCCGAAGGUAUCGACCAGCCGGAGGAGGGAGCGGGUUCAGAAAACGUGUCAAAGAGGAAUUUGUGCGGCACCAGGGCCAGGGGUGUGCCAGAGCAGCGGUGGCGUUGUGAUAGUCUGCCAAUAGAGGGGCCGAGCUGCUUCAACCUUCAGCCGCGUCCUGCCCCGACCUCACUUUUAACCUUGUGAUACUCUGCACGCCAUGUCAGCCUGACCUCCCUCUGCCGUCUGUCCGUGCGAAUCGCCAAAAUUCCUGCUCAAUGUUGGGCAGCAGAGAGACCAAUCAGGACUCAACUCCACUUACAUGUGACCAUUCGGUCUCUCGAGCCCUUACCUGCCCUUUAAUCCCCAGCUGGCUCUGGAAUCUUUAGUUUUCCUAACAGUGCCCUCCCCUCCUUGAGGUUGGUGGGUUGGGGUUCAGCUGUGAUACAAGAUCUGAAUUGUAGAAACCCCUACAUCAGGCCAUUCGGCCCAUCAAGUGUGUGCCAAACCUCCAAAGACCAUCCCACCCAAACCAGUCCCAUCCCUUCUAAUGCUGCAUUUGCCAUGAAUGACCCAACUAGCUUGUCCGUCCCUGGUCACUACGGGACAAUUUAGCACGGCCAUCCCACCCUAACCCGCACAUCCCUGGGCACUACGGGACAAUUUAGCACGGCCAAUCCCACCCUAACCCGCACAUCCCUGGGCACUACGGGACAAUUUAGCACGGCCAUCCCACCCUAACCCGCACAUCCCUGGGCACUACGGGACAAUUUAGCACGGCCAUCCCACCCUAACCCGCACAUCCCUGGGCACUACGGGACAAUUUAGCACGGCCAAUCCCACCCUAACCCGCACAUCCCUGGUCACUACGGGACAAUUUAGCACGGCCAAUCCACCCUAACCCGCACAUCCCUGGUCACUGUGGGACAAUUUAGCACGGACAAGCCCACCCUAACCCGCACAUCCCUGGUCACUGUGGGACAAUUUAGCACGGCCAAGCCCACCCUAACCCGCACAUCCCUGGUCACUACGGGACAAUUUAGCACGGCCAAUCCACCCUAACCCGCACAUCCCUGGUCACUGUGGGACAAUUUAGCACGGCCAAGCCCACCCUCACCCGCACAUCCCUGGUCACUACGGGACAAUUUAGCAUGGCCAAUCCACCCUAACCCGCACAUCCCUGGUCACUAUGGGGCAAUUUACCACGGCCCAUCCACCCUAACCUGCACAUCCCUGGGCGCUACAGGACAAUUUAGCACGGCCAAUCCACCCUAACCCGCACAUCCCUGGGCACUACGGGACAAUUUAGCACGGCCAUCCCACCCUAACCCGCACAUCCCUGGGCACUACGAGACAAUUUAGCACGGCCAAUCCCACCCUAACCCGCACAUCCCUGGGCACUACGGGACAAUUUAGCACGGCCAAUCCACCCUAACCCGCACAUCCCUGGGCACUAUGGGACAAUUUAGCACGGCCAAUCCACCCUAACCCACACAUCCCUGGGCACUACGGGACAAUUUAGCACGGCCAAUCCACCCUAACCCACACAUCCCUGGGCACUACGGGACAAUUUAGCACGGCCAAUCCACCCUAACCUGCACAUCCCCGGGCACUACGGGACAAUUUAGCACGGCCAACCCACCCUAACCCGCACAUCCCUGGGCACUACGGGACAAUUUAGCACGGCCAAUCCACCCUAACCUGCACAUGCCUGGGCACUACGGGACAAUUUAGCACGGCCAACCCACCCUAACCCACACAUCCCUGGGCACUACGAGACAAUUUAGCACGGCCAACCCACCCUAACCCGCACAUCCCUGGACACUACGGGGCAGUUUAGCACGGCCAGUCCACUCUAACCCACCCAGUUUUGGACUGUGGGAGGAAACCCUCACAGACACAGGUUGGUGGUGGGCAGCAGGAAUGCAAAGGUUCAAACUCUAUACAGAACCCGAGGCUGGAAUCAAACCCGGGUCCCUCACACUAUAAAGCAGCAGCGUUAACCACUGAGCCACCAUAUUGAGUCCUUUUAGUUGAGAGAGAAUCUGUCUGCCACUUUACUUCAAAGAUCUGCCGUCUCCAUUCAAACUUGCUAGUCAACUGCACAACUGGUUCUCAAGGCCAAUGUGUCUGUCUUUUUUUUUCCUUCUGUAUGUGUAAAGAGGGGGAACGGGAAGGCGGGGGGGGACACAGUAAUUAGUGACUGCUGUAAAAUGCACCUAGACUUUAAUUUCACCUUAUUGCUGCUGCUCAUUUUUGUAAGACACUCUCUGUCCCUGUAGGAGCAGAAUGUAGGCCAUUUGGCCCAUCGGGUCUGCUCUGCCAUUCAAUGAGAUCAACUUCGCUUUCCUCCCUGUUCCACCCAUAACCCCACGAUUUCCUCUCCCAGGCGGAAUCCUUAACCAUGCCAUGUGGCUGUAGGCCUCGCUGUGGCUCCCCCAGAAGCGACAUUUUAUUGAACCCUGUGCAGGGUUAAGAGCACACCCUGCGUCCUGGGGUAACCCCCAGCCAAUUCACUGACAGGACUCCUUAGAUCCGGAGCCCUGGAAUGUAGUGUACCCCAUGCAAUCUCCUGUUUUCGUAGCUUUUGAUACUUGUUUAUUGUGAUCUGUCUUUGUUUUUUAAUAAAUCUUUACCGACGAUUCUUUA